AUGAUAUUUCAUGAAACUGAAUCUAAACUAGAAACAUUUCAUAUGAGUGCUGUCAAAUAUUUAUGUCAGGCGUAUGUCUGUCACAAUGACACCUUCAAACAUCCUUUCCUAAUUUUCGUGCAGCAUUUCCAUCAUGGCAAAUCCUAUGAAAGCUUUAAACGAACACUUCAUGUACAACCACAAGCUAGCCAAGACCUUGCAACAGCUUUUAUCUCCAAACGAAAGAAAAAUGAUUGAGCUGUGGUUCGAUAAACUGUUGGAGAUGGACAAAAACAUCGACCAAAUGGUGAUUCGCAGCGAUUAUAUGUGGUUCAUUCUUCUCAUGCUCCAGAAUAGACGUGUUAGGGAGCCAUUUUGCAGGCUACCUCCUGCUAAUUUAGCCCCUUUGAAGAAAUUUGUACCUCUACAUGUUUACGAAGAUGUUUUGAUAGCCAACGAACCAAAUACACGUCUUGUUUUCCCCACUAUCAGUACCGACAGUAUUUUCCGCGAGUCAGAGAAAGUUCCAGCUGCUACAUCGUGUUCCUCUAUAAGGUACUGAUCGGGAUACAUUGAAUCUUGUAACUACUCUGUAAAAAAUUAAACAAAAAAUAAAGUGCGUCACGAAUAUACGAAGUUUGA